GCGGGGCAGCUGACUAAAACAACACAAGAAGGUAACGAGAAGGUAAAGAGAAUGAAGCUCUUGUCUGCUGAUAAUGCUGUCAGAUGUUUCCACUUCUUCCUUACUAUUGGAAUAUUUCUGCUCUUACUGGAAAGCCCUUCAGACCUCCAUGAUGCGUGGAUACACAAGAGCGCUUAUUUCUUCAUUUGUACAACUUUAGUGACUCUCUCACUGUUUAUCUACUUGCUGGCUAGUCUGGUCAAUCCUGGCUACCUAACUCAGAGCCCAGAAUCAUCCGUGGACCUGCAAUCAUCCCCUGGCUACUGUAAAGUGUGCCAUCAUCUUAAGCCUCUUCGCUCCAAACAUUGCUACUCUUGUGGUCAUUGUGUGCGCAAGUUUGACCACCACUGUCCAUGGCUGGGUAACUGUGUGGGUGAGAGAAAUCAUCGACUCUUCCUAUUGUUCCUACUCCUUGAGGCCCCCCUCACAUGCUGGGGGGCAGUCAUUGCAUGGAGUGGUCUGAGCUUCUCUGACAGCCCUCCUCUGCUGGUGUGGGCCACGUCCAUCCUUCCUCUCCUGUUAUCAUUGAUACUUUUGUGUGGAGGAGCAGUCACUACCUCUCUGUUAGCAUUCUAUCAUACUUAUCUCAUGCUUACAGGACAGACCACGUGGGAACAAGCUUCUGGAACACAUUAUCUCCAUGCAUUUGACCAGGGAUGCCCACGCAAUCUCACCUCUUUCGUGUGUGCUUGGAGCAAUUGGGAACAACUUUAUGAUCAGAAAACUAACAAUCAAAACUCUGUCUGCUAGAAUACAAAUCAGCACUACGUGUCUUUCUUUUUUAUCACAUUCAUUUAUUCAUACCACAAAUUAUCACAAAGUACAAAUUGACAGCAAAAAAGUA